CGUAUGUACGAAAAGGUACCUUUAUACUCCGGAGUCGGACUUAGAAUUUUGAAGUCCACCAUGGACUCAAGCUGUUCAGAUUUAUUCAAAUCGUUGAUCGUUCACGAUUAGACCCAUUAGAAGGUUAAAGCUGGUUAGAGCGAUUUUAGUCGUAGCUAGGAGGAAUCUCUGCGUUCGCAUAAUGUGGGAUGACGACGCAGACCGGGUGCUAGACGCGGAGCAAUGGCGGCUGGAAGCCCAAGCGGUAAUCAACGACGUGAAAAAGCACGUGCAGGACUUAAGGGUGUCCAAGCGGCUGACUAGCACGAACCAGAUCAUCUACCUGAACCUGAUCACGCUGGAGGGUCUGCGGUUUUGCGUGGAACUGUCAGCCGCCGGCUUCGCCAUCGUCGGCAAUCGGCACGACGACACGUCGAACGCGGGUAACGAGCGUUUCGAGACACCUUACGGCCUCCUGAAUUUCGUCAGUCCGCAGUACAGGAAUUCCUUCGGGAACGCACUGUUAGAUAAACUCAAGGAACUGAGCGAUAAACAGUAGAUCUCGAGAGAUAACUGCAGAAAAAGAGCAAUGUCAUUGUUUUUAGAUUGUUGUUUAGAUUAAGAGUUAAGUUAGGUUAAGUGCGUUUGAUCCUCCCAGUAAGUUCUAUAAUGUAUUGGAGCACAUUUCUUUAUUUUUUCUUGUUAUGCCCAGAAUUUUGGUUGCGUUUUUUUUCUCUGUAUUAAAUUAUAGAAAACUGUAGCUCGACGAUCGAAAAGAAAGGCAAAUAAAUACUUGUCUUUUUUACUCUUUCCUGCAAACAGUAUUAGCCAAUCAGCAAUCUCUGACAAAGAAAACAGUAUAAUCUUUUAUUAUAUCAAAGUGUCAUUGUUUAGAAAAUUGGGACACCCCACAUUUUUCAAUGGCAUGCUCCAGUAUAUUAUAGAUGGAACUCGUCGAAUCCUCCAGAGCUGAUGUAGGUUUAAUUAAGUUGUGAAACUUAAUUAGAAAUCUCUUUGUCAAAAAUGUCAAACAAUUGACUUUUCUUU